UCCUGUUUCUAGGAACAUAAAAAAACAGAAGUCUAUUCAAAGCUGCAUGUAAAGUCACCCAUAGCAACAUCGUAAACAACCUGAACGUCUGUUACACAGACAACCGAUCUCACCACUGCAGAAUGACUGAGCCUGCCCCACCCACCAUUGACAGCGCGCCUAAACCGGGCCCACCACCCUAUGCGCCACACUCGGGCACCGUCCACCCUCAGGCCCCGACCCCCCAGGAGUACCAGGGGCCAGGGGUAGUCCCAUACCAGCCCAACUACUAUACCCCCCCUCACCAGCAGCCCGUCAUGCAACAGCCUAUGCCCAUGCAGACGAUGCAGUCGCACAACACCACGGUGGUGGUGGCGGGGCUAGGAGGGGGCGGGCCAGUGGACGCUCCCCCCCGGGGAUGGAGCACGGGGCUGUGUGGGUGCUUUGAAGACGUUAUGGGAUGUCUGUGUGUGAUGUUCUGUCAAGAGUGUUACGGGUGCCACCUGGCGUCGAAGGCUGGGGAAACGUGUUGUCUCCCCUGCUGUGUGCCGUACUGGCUCGUAUCACUCCGCGCCCACAUCAGAGGAAAGCACAACAUUCAGGGCUCCAUCUGCGACGACUGCUGCAUGGUGGUCUGCUGUUACCAGUGCACGAUGUGCCAGCUGUCCCGGGAGAUCAACAACAUCAACAACGGCAGGGCAGCCAGAUAGCUAGAUACACCAUGGAGAGAUAGCUAGAUACACCAUGGAUACACCAUCCUGCGACUAUAAGUUCUCAUGACAGAUAUUGAGAAUGAAAUCAUUUUUUCCGAAAAGGAAAUUUCAGCUCGUUCCUAGCAUUUGAAGGAACAACAAAUAAAUAAAUAUUGUGGUAUAUCAACCUUCGUAUUGGGUGUGCAAACAUUAAAUAUUGGGUGCGUCAGCGAUACAUGUUGGGUGUGUAAACGUUAUUUAUUGAACCACAUGCCAUGGUCAACGUCAAGUGUGAUCUACGUCAUGUGUGAUCUACGUCAUGUGUGGUCUACGUGAUGUGUGGUCUACGUGAUGUGUGAUCUACGUUAUGUGUGGUCUACGUGAUGUGUGGUCUACGUGAUGUGUGGUCUACGUCAUGUGUUAUCUACGUCAUGUGUGGUCUACGUCAUGUGUGGUCUACGUCACGUGUGGUCUACGUCAUGUGUGAUCUACGUCAUUUGAGGUCUACGUCAUGUGUGAUCUACGUCAUGUGUGGUCUACGUAAGAUUUCGUAACUUAACAUUCCAGAUCAAGUUAACUGAAAAACGAAACGAAAAACGAAAAAUGAAAUCGGCCUAUAUCCUCUUGAUUUAUCCUGUUGAUAUUAUCAACUUCUCAAGAUAACACGAGGAGUUGUUUCGCUGAUAUGGCCUAGUUGUGUACCUGCGCACAGUGCAAGUGCAGAUUCUCGUACUUUUUUUGGAGUUGAGUCCCGUCUGGGAUUCGAACCUACACUGGGGAGCGGGGAACUCCAUGUAAAGUCAGCGAUCUAACAACAGAUGUGAACUUUUAUUCUAUUUCUGUGUGUUUAAUAGCUGCUCAUUAACUGUUUUUUCGUGAGUUGGGUUUAACAUUGUUUUCAUAAAGACAUGCUUAUGGCUGGGCAGGAUAUUCUCUUCUUUUCGUGAACACCUGGUAUCAUUCCUAUCUGAUAGUGAUUUAUAACACAUACUCAUGAUAUAGUCGGAAUCGUACAAUCGACUCUGCUUUAUGCUGAGAUUUCUAUUGGAUAUGGAAAGGGUUAUUUAUUAUCAUAGUCGGAAUAGAACAAUGGACUCUGCUUUUUGCAGACAUUUUGCGGAUUAGGGAAAGGUUUUUGUUUGUAAUAUUUUAACAGUUUUUUAGCUCUUAACUCCUCCACCUUAGUUUGAGACUUAUCUAAUCUCAUAGUUACAUGUUAUAUGUCCAGGGAUGUGUUUGUUCCCAUGACUUCAGAACGUCAGUGAUAUGUGUUCCAUUCCUCCACAUUCAGAACUUUCUUAAAGAAAAGAUAAGCCGCGGCUCUGGUGAAGUAUUUCAUUUCAAACCUGUAUUGUAAAGUUCUGUCAGCAUCAAGAAUGUAUUUGCAGACAUCAUGCAAAUGAAAUUUGUUCUUUCGAUGAGGAUCGGAAUAUCAAGCAUUUUUCUUUAAUCAGCACUUCAAAGUGAAAUCCAGUGAAGUCGUUGCACAAACGGAAUGUAGAAUAUGUGUAUUUGAGUCACCAAUUUUAAAAUCAAUGUGUGCUUAUGAAAUUCAUUUUGAUCCCAAGACUAUUAGGGGUGUUAUAGUUGUUAAAGAGGUCAGUACCCAUUAAAUUCCAUGUCACAACCUCAAGUUUCAAAUUAAACAAUUGUAUGUAUAAGCCUACAAUGAUGUUGACGUGAAUAUGGUAAAUGUGGGAUUUUGAAGCAAAGGCUCUCUGAAGGUUACGGAAGCCUUUUAUACGGAAGCCUUUUUGGGCCAUUUUGUUCUUGAAAAUUCAAAAUGUCAUGUUAAAAUUUCAAGAUACAUACUAAGUUGAAAUUUUAAGAUAAUAAGUUAAUAUCUUGAAAUUUCAACUUAGCAUUUUGAAAAUUCAAGUAAGUAUCUUGUAAUUUCAGCUUACAUGUAUGUAUCUUGAAAUUUCAACUAAGUAUCUUGAGAUUUCACAAAAGAAUAUAAAAACAAAUGGCCCUAAAAGGCUUUAGUAGAAAGUAGACUGGGCCGUUGUAUUUGUAAGAAAUACAUGUACCUGCUUUUAUUAUGCACAUAGCUUUCAAACAUAUUACUAGGACACUAAUAUGAUUUAAAUGGAAUACUAACACACAUGAAAACAGUUUUCCUUCUUGACCUUAUUCAUAAACAUUUUUCAAAGGAAAAAGCGACAUAAGUGUCAUGUCUUCUAUUGUAGUAAAACAUAUCCUGCUAAGAAUAACAUUAUACUAUAUGGUUUUUUUAACUUGUGUUUUUGUAUGCACCAGCCUCAGAAACAAACUGUGCAUAUAAUGUACAUGAGGCUGUCUCACUAUGUUAAUGCAUUUGGGGAAACGCAUGGAAGAUAUCGAACCACAUAUAUUGUGACAAGGUCACACUUCAGUAAGCGUUAAAACAUAGAAUGAGUUUCUACCCCAGUAAAAUGUUUAUCCAGCGUCCAGAUAAGUUAAUGUACCGUCAGGUGUGGUUAUGGAAAUAUCCCUUUACCUUUUUUUGAGUUGUCUUGCAAAUGUAUAACAACAGUUUGA